AUGGCUGACUCGGAUCUAUAUCCUCUUGGAAGAGGACUGUCGGAUUCAGUUCGAUUGGAUGCUCAGCAUCUUCUAUGGAAGCUUCACACUGGAUAUACACUUCACCCCCACAUUCCUAUCACCCCAGACAUGAAGAUAGCGGAAGUUGGCACUGGCAAUGGGAUCUGGUUCUUUGACUUAGCCCCGUCGAUGCCACCUUCUGUGCAACUGCAUGGCUUCGAUAUCUCGGAGGCUCAAUAUCCUCCGAAGCAUAUGUGGCCACGGAACGUCAAACUAGAGCUGUUGGACGCCUUCAAGAAUGUCCCUCCCACACUUGUCGGUCAAUAUGAUGUUGUACAUGUCCGGAUGUGGGCGAGUAAUAUACGAGAUGGCAACACCCGGCCGCUAAUUUCCCAUUUGCAACAGUUGCUGAGGCCAGGAGGUUACAUCCAGUGGGAGGAGGCCGAUCUCAUUCAUCAAUCCGUGCAAGGGCGCAAGGCUCUUGAGUUUGCAGAACGGAUACCAAGUUUAUUUCAGAAGGUCGGUCUGGACUUCAGCUGGGCAACAAGACUUCCUCGCGAUCUGGAAGAAGCACAUCUGGAAAUUCUUGAAUCAAAGACAGAAUCAUUCCAAGGCUUCCUUGUUCAGAAAUGCACGGACACAUAUCUUCUUGCCCUUGGUGAGAUAUUGCGCGGUACCAAGCUGACAUGCGCAGAAGAGAUUGUACCUCUGGUGACCAAGCUUGAGGCGGAACUGCAGAGUCUUUGUGAUGAACGCAAGGAAACUGUAUACAACUGGUCUCCUGUCAAGAUACUGGCACAAAAAACUGCAUAA